AUGUCUACCUUUGGCACGCACUUCAGGGUCACCACCUAUGGCGAAUCCCAUUGUCUUUCCGUCGGCGCCAUUAUCGACGGUUGCCCGCCGGGCAUGGCCCUGACUGAGGAUGACAUCCAACCCCAGAUGACGCGCCGCCGACCGGGCCAGUCCGCCAUCACAACCCCCCGCGACGAGAAAGACCGCGUAGAGAUCCAGUCUGGCACAGAGUUCGGCAUCACACUGGGCACCCCGAUUGGCGUCAGGGUCAUGAACGAGAACCAGCGCAAGCAAGACUACGGCAACAAGACGAUGGACAUGUACCCAAGACCGAGCCACGCCGACUGGACAUACCUGGAGAAGUACGGUGUGAAGGCUAGCUCAGGUGGUGGACGAAGUAGCGCACGAGAGACCAUUGGACGAGUAGCAGCCGGUGCGAUAGCGGAGAAGUACCUGCGCGAAGCCUACGGUAUCGAGAUCAUCGCAUUCACCAACUCCAUCGGAAACGAGUUCCUCUUCCCUCCUACACCCGAACAUCCCACCGCAUCCACGAACCCAGAGUAUCUCAAGCUAAUCGACUCGAUUACACGCAAUAAGGUAGACGAGUACCUGCCCGUCAGGUGUCCGAGCGACGAUGUCACCAAGCGCAUGGAAGACUUGAUCGCCAAGUACCGCGACGCACAAGACAGCAUAGGUGGCACUGUGACUUGCGUAAUAAGAGGUUGCCCGACAGGCUUGGGAGAACCAUGCUUUGACAAGCUGGAGGCCAAGCUGGGACACGCUAUGCUGUCGAUUCCCGCAACCAAGGGGUUUGAAAUCGGAUCCGGCUUCGGAGGCGCACAACUACCGGGCUCAAUUCACAAUGACGCGUUCGUCAAAGCUCCUGCUGUCCCGGCAGGCGAAAAUCCCGAUGCAAGCAAGUACCGCUCAAAACCCAAGCUCACCACCAAGACCAACAACUCGGGCGGUAUCCAGGGUGGUAUCACCAACGGCGCGCCCAUCUACUUCAACGUAGCUUUUAAGCCGGCAGCGACAAUUGGACAGGCGCAGUCUACAGUCACAUACGACCAAGAGGAAGGAGUGUUGGAGGCCAAGGGCAGGCACGAUCCUUGUGUAGUGCCUCGUGCAGUGCCCAUUGUCGAGAUGAUGGCUGCAUUGGUCAUCAUGGAUGCUGUACUAGCCCAGCAGGCGAGACAAGGCGCAAGGAGCUUGCUUCCACCGCUAAAGGGUGUUCAACCCGUCAAUGGCGCUUGA